GAUACACGAAACGGGGUACACACGAGAGGGCUCCUACAGAGGCUACGCACGGCUAACUUCAUAAGUUGCGAGACACUUUAUUGUAUUGUAAUAAUUUCCCGUCCGAUGGAUCUUAGAAAAACGCGUGUCAAGAAACAUCGACUUGUCAUUCAAAGCAUCUUCUCCCAUUCAAGACGUUCCAAUUUCUUCUCCUUUCUCGUGAUUGAGACACAUUUCGUCCAGUCUUGGCUAAACUUUAAGCACAUCAACGAGGGUUCUUUUCUGUUAUCAACUUCAUGCAAUAUUCAUCGUGGAUACGGUCUCGUCGAUAUUCUCUGAGCAAUUUUCCUAUCCAACCAAGGACCCGUUUCGAGAACUGAUUACAUUGUCAUUCAAUCAAUAUUUUACCUGGUCCAGCGAGUACUUGACUUGUUUGAUGUCCUGCACUUCAUGACAGAACUUUUUGAUAUUUUGGUAUGCGCACGCCGCCACCGAUUGACACAGAUCUACAGAUACGGUAGUGCGUCCAAGACUAUACAAUUGUAUGGGCGACCGAUCACUAGACCCAUUUUGCCCAUUGAGGUAGCCGGUGAAUUGUCGCUUCGGCUAAUCGCUCCGCACUGCUAAGCUCCCUCGACUGCUCAAGCACAGAGCGGAAAAUAAACGAAAAACAGAGGGCACAUCGUCUGCUCCUACCAUCCUCCAGCCGUGAACUCACCGGCCCCGCUCCAUCUUACGGGGGGCAUUUAGCCGACAAGGACCCCGAACCAGCAGACCUUGUCCUUUCAUCUGAGUAAUUUCGACCGAGUUUCUUUUAGCCUAUAUGUUUGGAGAGAAUAAUUUAGCGACCAUGGCUUUCCUGCCGAGCCAAGCAGCAUCAUGCCAGCGACAGACCACGCCGCCAGGUGCCCCGCACAACCCAGUCACCAUGUCGAUGGUAAUGGAUUUUCACCGACGUGCCACGCUAACACACGGUGCAUGUAAGAGUCAUGGGGGCGUAAAUCAACUAGGGGGUGUGUUCGUAAACGGUAGACCGUUGCCCGAUGUCGUCCGCCAGCGCAUUGUCGACCUCGCACACAGCGGCGUCCGGCCGUGCGACAUCUCAAGACAACUACGGGUCUCACACGGUUGUGUAUCGAAAAUCCUCGGCAGAUAUUAUGAAACCGGCUCAAUACGACCCGGUGUUAUUGGAGGCAGUAAACCCAAGGUAGCGACGCCGAAGGUGGUGUCGAAGAUUGCCGAUUAUAAACGACAAAACCCGACCAUGUUUGCCUGGGAGAUUCGGGAUCGGCUGUUGGCCGAGGGUGUGUGCGAGAAAGACAACGUCCCCAGUGUCAGCUCGAUAAACAGGAUUGUAAGGAACAAACUCGGAGACAAGAAGCUCGAUGAGCAUCAAACGGGAUGUCUUCCGACUUCCGGUUCCCCUCCAUCCUCCCUUAUCCACCCUGGAGACCCAGAAAGGACGGGCUCCUCCUACUCUAUCAACGGGAUCCUGGGCAUCCCCAAGCAGGAGAAGAGGAUCAAGGGAGAACUCUACCCAGAUGGCACCCCUGGUCAGCAGGAUGGCCAGUCCAUCUUGGCCGAAGAGGCCCGCAAGAUGAUGAAGACCAACAGUGGCGCCUUCUCACCCCAUCAGAUCGAGGCAAUGGAGAAGGCAUGCAACCCAUCACUCUACCCUGAUGUCUACCGAAAGGAUAUCACUCAGGAUUCCCGUGGUCAGGUCGGUAUGCCCAUCUCAAGCGCUUCAGACUACCACCACGCGAAUUUAGAAGCACAGCGCCACCACGCGGUUACAUCAGGUUAUCAUCAAACAGGUCAGAGUCGCGAUAUGACUCCUCUACAUGGCUACCCAGCCUCGUCUCAAGGCGGUUAUUCCAGUGGUUCGGUGGCCGGCAUCGUGCCUCCUCUAGUGCUUCCACCCGGCGGUGGCUCCUACAGUCACGGCGGAAGGGAGGGUGAAUAUUCUCCAGGUCAAUUUUCACAGUACAACCACCCGCACGCCCAGUUCUCUGUUCCAGGCCAUUACAAUGAAUGGCAGCGAUAUACCGGGAGCCAGAGCCUGCUAACAAAACAAGGCAGUCCUCAGGCAAACGCUCAGAUGUCGACGCACAACCAGAACAGUCACCCGCAACACCAGCAGCAUCCGCAGCAGCACCAGCAAUACGCGUCAGUGCACUCUCAAAGCCACAACGCGCAUCUACAUCCAUCGGGGUUGAUCGGGGAACACCACAACAGGGUGAUAUCGCCACAGAACGUCUCCACCACCUCCCCGUCUGGUGGCAACAGCACCCCAGGCAUCAACCACCACCCGCAACAGGCGGCGCAACCCCCGCAACAACAGCAACACCAUCCGCAACAGAUGCGGCACAGUCCCCAUGACAUCGCAGCAACCACGAUGGCGUCGUCGCCAGACAGCAAUGUCGUCGUCAUCUCAACUGGUCCAAGUGGGGAGCAGAGGGGUACAAACGUUCUAGAUCUACGCACAGGGGUAACAAACGGCACCCCUACCGUUUAGGACCACCAUCCAUCACCAACUAGCUCAUAACUCCUGCACCACCGAGUCUGCUAAUUGCUGGUUUCAAUUAAUUCGACUGGAAAUGAGCAUUUUUGCUGUAUUCAACUAUUAUCAUGCCUUUUGAACAAACUGUAUUGAUCAAACCUUAUAUACCAGGAUCAAAAUGGAGAAUGAUCAAAUUAAAUGCAACUGACUAUUUCCCGCCAGAAAGGCUUAGUAUUCCACUUGAUUGAGAUGAUCCGGGUUUAGUGAUCCUCCUUAAUCGGGGGAAUCAGAUUAACACUGUAUUAGAUAAUCUUCUUCAAUAUCAUUAUCCACCUAUUCUGUUCUUUACUUGUACAAAAGUUUAUCAGACAGUUCUUAUUGUAUAUACAUUUAUUUU